UUUCACGUCGGGCUCUCAAUAAAGCUUGAUAUUGAAAUUGGAAGCGAGCAGGGGGAAUUGGGGCGCGGUGGUUGUGCGCCUGCGCACUGGGACCGGCAGGUGGCGGGUGUUGUUGUUCGGUGAUAGAGGCGGCAAGAUGGCGGCGCCCGGGGGCUCCGCUGCCGCCUCAGCGUUGAAGGGGUUAAUCCAGCAAUUCAUCGCCAUCACGGGUGCCAGUGAAAGUGUGGGCAAACAUAUGCUUGAAGCAUGCAACAAUAAUCUGGAAAUGGCUGUCACUAUGUUCCUUGAUGGUGGAGGGAUAGCAGAGGAGCCCAGCACUAGUUCUGCAAGUGUAUCAAACCUCCGACCACAUACAGAAGAGGAAGUAAGAGCACCAAUUCCUCAAAAGCAGGAAAUUCUAGUAGAACCUGAACCCUUAUUUGGUGCUCCAAAAAGACGCAGACCUGCUCGUUCAAUAUUUGAUGGUUUUCGGGAUUUCCAGACAGAAACUAUUAGACAAGAGCAAGAACUGAGGAACGGGGGAGCAAUAGAUAAGAAACUCACCACCCUUGCUGAUCUCUUCAGGCCUCCAAUUGAUCUGAUGCACAAAGGAAGUUUUGAAACAGCCAAGGAGUGUGGUCAGAUGCAGAACAAGUGGCUCAUGAUUAACAUACAGAAUGUGCAGGAUUUUGCCUGCCAGUGUCUUAACCGUGAUGUUUGGAGCAAUGAGGCUGUGAAGAACAUUAUCCGGGAGCACUUCAUUUUCUGGCAGGUAUACCAUGACAGCGAGGAAGGGCAAAGAUACAUACAGUUCUACAAACUAGCAGACUUCCCUUACGUAUCUAUCUUGGACCCUAGGACAGGACAGAAGCUAGUGGAGUGGCACCAGUUAGACGUAACUUCUUUUUUGGACCAAGUGACUGGGUUCCUAGGUGAGCAUGGACAAUUGGAUGGACAUUCUACCAGUCCUCCCCAGAAACGCACUCGCUCUGAGAGUCUCAUUGAUGCAAGUGAAGAUAGCCAGUUGGAAGCUGCCAUCAGAGCAUCCUUACAGGAGACACAUUUUGACUCUGACAAAAUAAAGCAGGAGAACAGAUCAGAUGAAGAGUCGGAAUCGGAGCUUUUCUCUGGAAGUGAGGAGUUUAUUUCUGUGUGUGGUUCUGAUGAUGAUGAGCCAGAUAAUCCUGCCAAGUCUAGGAAGUCUCCACACAAGGACUUGGGGUGUAGGAAAGAGGAAGGCAAAAAGCCGCAGUCUGAGCCCACAGGAAGGACUGAACCUGAAAUGGUAACAAACCAUCGAGGACUGUCUUACAUAGAUUCUGGAGUAGUAGAAGAGACUGGAGCCAAGCCAGAAGCUGCAAUGAAGGAGCUGAAUGUGAAUGGACCAAAGGCACACCUAAUGCUAAGGUAUCCAGAUGGAAAGAGGGAACAAAUAUCACUGCCAGAGCAAGCAAAACUUCUGGCUCUCAUCAAACAUGUACAGUCAAAAGGAUACCCCAAUGAACGUUUUGAACUCCUCACCAACUUUCCUCGGAGGAAGCUUUCCCAUCUGGACUAUGACAUCACAUUACAAGAGGCUGGUCUUUGUCCUCAAGAGACUGUCUUUGUGCAGGAAAGGAAUUAGUUCUGCCAACCUUCCCGUGUCAUUUUUGCCUACAAUAGCAAUUCACCAAGUAUGCAUUUGGCUCCAUGAGAUUGCAGAAUUGAAAUCUGGCAGCCAUUUGUUGGCUUCUCUCUCUUCCUUUGUGUGCUACUCUUGGCAAGGAAACCAUGUGAAAACAGCAAGAAAAAAUUGCUUGGCUUUGAUGGUGAAGGAUAGUAUGCCUGCCUCAAUGUUCCAUUGCUGUUCCAAACUAAGAAGGGCUUUGUGUAUGUCCAUUGUGCUGGGGACAAUGAGCAGCCAGAGCAAGAAAUAUUUCCCCGUCCCUCAGAAGAAAAGUCUAUUUUCAUUAAUAUAUUUUAUUUUUCCAAGAGAUCAUGUGAACAGUCAUGAAGGGCAUCUUAAGACAACCAUCUGAGCAUGUGCUAGAUACGUGAAGUCAGCUCUGUGCAGCUCUGUGCAUCACCAUGUGCAGAAUUGAGUUUUCAGUAAGCAUGAUUGCUUCUGGAAUGUCAGCAUUUACUGAAAGCUGAAUCUUACAUGCAGUAGUAACAGCACAUUACUAGAUCGCCAUAGAUUGGGAGUCACUACUCACAGGCUUGUCAGGCAACCAACACAGAUCUCGAUGUUUGUGGGCAGAGACACUAAGUCUUGCUCACAUGUGAAGAAAAUGUAAACAGAGCUGCAGAUCUAUUGCCCUUGUAGCUCUUUGAGAGUCAUAGCAAACGCAGUUGCAGAAAUGGUACAGAAUGUGCUGCAUUAGAUCAGUUUUCUGACUUGAUUUGCAUGUAUUUCAUUUGUUACAAGUGGGAUGAAGUACUUUAAAGGAAGAUGAUGUAGCCUGUAGAUCUAAUGUAACCUAACCAUUGUCCUCUAGGUCCUCUGUGCUUGGUCAAGAGCUGCACAGCUUCCCCUUAUCACUGUUAAAAGUGUGAGGAGGGAUUGAUUUCUCAUUUUCUAUCUGGAUUUUACCAGCAGUAAAAUAUGGCAAGAUACUAUGAAUAUAAAGCUUACUAAAUUUCUUCUGUCAUAAAACUGUUUUGAUUCCCCAAGCCAUUGUGGAAUUCUGUUCACUGAGUUUUAGUAUGUUUAUACAAGUACUGGAAUCUAAGAAAAGACAUUCUCUUGUGUUUUUCAUUAAUUUGGAAAUCCUUUUAUUAACAGACUAACAACAUAAACAAGAUAAGAUGGCUUUGGCUGUGACAUCAAGUUUGAACAGAUGUUGCUUAGGAAUGGUUGCUUGCCAUGAUUUGUUCCAAUUGGCCACAAAAGUAUAGGUGUGUGCCAGACUAGAAUAAUGGAAGGUAUGAAAUGGCUCAUUUGGAUUUAGAAACAUUUAAUCGUGCUUGGUUUUAAAUCACAAUAGGAUUGAUUAUAUUGUCAUCACAUUUAGUUCACCUAUUUGAGUGAACUUAAGAUAAGGCAGUUUGAGAACUAAAAAUGUUCAUAUGGCAUUAUAAAAUGGAAACGUAAUUCUGGCUCUUCUUGACAUAUGCUAGUAACAAAUUUGAGGUGACUUGUUAUAUGUGAGAAAUUACUUUGUGUAAUUGUAUUGGUAGGUGUUUGAACAGACAGGGCACAACUGAACUUAUGUUUGGAAACCAAACAGCUGGCAGUAUAUGGAUUCAAGAUUAGAGUAUAGGAUUGGAGAAAACUAGUGUGUAGAAAAAGAAUUCUUGCAUUUGACAUCAAUAUAAAGGCCUGAAACAUCUUCCUUAGAAAAGGAAGGAAUUAGGAAAUAACAUAUUGAAGAGUGAAGGUCAGCCUCUGUUCAAACUAAAUGAGAAGUCUGCAGUCAAAUAAUUGGCUGGUAAAUUAUUAAUAUAUGAAGUUGACCCCCCCCCCCCCCCGCUCACCCCUCUUUACUUCAGUUUCAUUUGUACCCUUAUCCUCAAGCUUUUUUCUCAUUCAUCUACUUUAGAUUACUGCUUAUUGGUUCAUUGUCUAGUCUGUAUUCUUUCAUUCUUUUCUGGGCUCUCAAAUUCUUAUCUUCUCUGUCUCCAGGGAUUUCUUUCCAGUCUUCGGUCUGCUUCAUAAAUCUACUCCUCUCCACAGGACUUGUGUGACAAACUGACAACUUGUUCCCUUCCUCACAUUCAGUAAACAGACUGCAGACAUUGUGAGAACUAUUCUCUGAGUACCUGGAAUGUUUGUAAACAUUCCAUGCCAUUACAUUAUCUCAUCUAACUUGUGCCAGAAAUUUAAUCUCAAAUAAAUUGUAUUGUGUACAAUAUAGAUUGCAUUUUCUGUCACAAUCGUGUUAAGGCCAUAAAUGAACAAACAAACAAAAUCUUGAGGAUUGUGUAAUAUAAUUCCUCAAGGCUUUUUCUUUGGCUUUCAGCACUGUGAAACUGCUUCAAUUCUGACUUAUUUUAUUAUUUCUGGCAUGCAUUGGUUUUGCUAGCACAUUAUCAACUGCAGUCCCGAAGACCAUAUUUUAAUAUGCCUGUUACUUUAGAGAGGAGACUUGCAUACACACUACUACAGUACUCUAGUUGGAUUGUAGAAGGCAGUUAUGCAGAGAACUGAAUUCAUUGGUAAUUUAUCAAGAACUGCUUGCAGCAUGAACAGUUAUCUUGGUUAUGUAGAAUGACAAUUGCAACAUACAUGACUGAUUCUGCAGCACCUCUGUUACAGUUCAAAUAUUUUCCAGAAUCUGAGCUCUAAUAGUAUUAAUUUUCCUUUUACCGUAUUUUACACCAGGUUAUUUCUCCCACAUCUAAUUUAUGUAGCCAUUAUUAGUACAAGGCUAUUGGUGCUUAAUGCCCACCAUAGUUGUGUUCAUUAUUUUAUUUAAAUAUUGUGUUCUCCCCUUCAGCAGAACGUCUAGGGCAGUUUACAAGAACAAGAUAAAAUACAAAUUAAAAAAUAAGUUCAGCAGUUGAAUUAAUCUAUUAACAAGCCUGGGAAAACAAAAUCAUGUUUGCCCAGCACAGAAAAUAUAACAGCACUAAUACUGGAUGAGCCUCUUUGGGGAAGGAAUUUCUCAUAGGUGAAGUACUUACUGUGCAUUUCUCAUGUUUCUUUGUGGCUGACACUAGCAGAUGAGCUCUUUCCUCAGAAUAUUUCCAUUCAGAGUAAUGGUUUAUAGCCAUUGGUGGCUUUGCCUUAGCAGAAAACUCUUCUAUUAAUGCAAGUAAGGGCAUUUGAUUUUGAUUUUGCUUCUGAUGCUCCUUGUUACUCCCUGCCUCUUUGUCUUCCUGGAAAACUGCUAGAUAGUUGCUCUAUCCCAUAACAGAAUGGGAUAUGGUGCAGAGCUGCAGAAAGUAAACAGAUCAACAAAAACUGAGUUCAGACUUGAAUGAGUUUGAAAUGCUUUCUGCUAUGGCAAAAGCCACUAUUGGAUACAACUCACUGGGUAGGACCCAGAGUUGUCCCUCUUCAAACCAGAAUCUGUGCAUCCUAUUUGCACUGAAGAAAAAGGAUGGGGCAAUGGUUUUUUCAUAUUUUCUGUGCAGCCCAGAGUGCCACUUCCCAUGCCAUGUCGGUCCUUCUGUCUUGCAAAACAAUGUGGGAUUGAACCUGGGAAUACAGAGGGAAGGGGAAAUCAAAGAUAAUCACAUCAUCACCCGUUUCUCUUAUGCUUAUAAAAGUCUGUUGAAUGCAAAUCUAGAUUGAAUCAAUCUUUAAACAGUAUCAACAAAAUAUUUUGAAAUGGGAUGGGUAAAUGCCUCUUUGAUACAACACUGUUUAAAGGAUUAGCAACACAAAUAUCUGGCAAUAUGUUUUAAUAUGUAGGAUUGUCCAAGGUGCACAAAUGUUUUGUGUGAUUUCUGACUGAUUGAUCCUGUUGGAAGAAUUAUAAGACCAAUGAGACACUAUGAAGGCACCAAUAUAAUUUGAAGAAGGGUGUUAGUUCAAAUACAAGUAAUCCUCUGGCUUGUUCUUCCUUGGCACUAUUUAGGCAGUUUAUGGUGCAAUCCUAUGCAUACUUAGACAGAAAAAAAAAAAGCCUAUACCUCCCAGCAUGCCGUAGCAACAUACCUAGUUAGAGGAAUGCUGGGAGUUAUAGGAGUUUUUUCUCGUAUCUAAAUGCACAGAAGACUGUGCUGUAUCUAGGUUUAAAGAGAACAUAAUGCAACAAUAGUCACUAUACCCCAGCCUGGCUGCAUAGAAUUGUACCUUAAAUCACUAUUGGAAUGGAUUAUAGAUCUCUCUUCCCUUUUUCUAAUUUAAACAGUUCUAAUUCAUUUUUAGUCAUCUACCUAAGCCUACAUCCUUUCCUAUUUUUUCUUAUCUUUGGAACAGUUCACAAAGUUAAAUAGCUGUGAAUCAGACUAAAACUACUGUUGAGAGCAGAAAAGCAGCUUAUAAAUCUUAACUGUAAACAAAAAGACUACUAAUUUGGUAUUUUAAAUCAUGCUGUUCUUAAUAGCAAAUUUACAGGCUUUCUGGUUCAGCAUUUACCAUUCAAGGAGGAUUAUGGAUACAAACAACAAGUGUGUUGUGCAUUCAUGCCUGAUUUAGGCUUAACAGGGUCAUCCUCUCCAUUUUAGGUAGCAUAGCUUUCCCCGUACCACUGUUUCUGAAGAGGCGGUCUUAGCAAGAUUUUAUUCAUUAAGGGAUAUUUCAGUCCUAGGUUCUUUUUACAAACAUACUUUGUUUUUUUUUACCAUUGAGGCUACUAAGUGGAACACAAAAGGCUGUAGAGAGAGUUUCUCAAAGCUGAUGCCACCACUUCUCUAGCACUAUCAGCUGAGCCAUUCCUGGAUUUUAGGGUGGCGGGUCUACUGCAACACAAGUAAACAAGAAUGAUGGAAGUAGAUUUUUAGAGAAAGCAUAGCAUCCAAAAUGUUCAAAACUGUAGAGAUGACUUUAAAAACAAAAUCCCACAUUAAGCAUCUAGCAUAGCUGCAGGAAUAUUGAAGGUAACUUUCUGAAGAAAUUCUGGGAAAAAAUGGAAAGAUAGGUUCUAAGUAUGGGGAAAUUAAGGUGUUAAAUAAUCUGAACUGGGUUCAGAUACUGUUAAAAUCAAGAUUAUAGUAGCCAUCAAGACAUUAAGUUGACUUUUUAAUGUUGGAUUGUUGUCUUUAAAGUUUUAUAGUUUGAGCUGUAUAAAAUUUGAUCUGCUACGUUUUCAGUAGAAGCUGUUGCUUUGUAAUGGUGAAAUAAUUCUAAGAUGAGUGGGGAAAGACAAGGUUUCAGCUUGCUGUAAUGGGAAGGAUCAAACUCAAGGCAACCUUUGAUUUAUACAUAUUAUUGCUGCAUUUUUAUAAAUACAUGUAAAUGCCCUUCCUACUGUAAUAUUUUGAUCCUGAAAAUAAAGCAGACCUUUUCAUUAA